AUGUCAUACAACAACUACAACAACCACGGCGGUGAAGCCCAAGGCUACUACGGCGGUGGUCAGCAACAGCAGGGCUAUGGCUCUGGAGCCCCUUCGAACCAGUACGGCGACAACCAGCGCUACGGCGGCCCCCAACAGCAUAACAACCAAUACGGCGGUCCCCAGCAAGGUCAAUACGGCGGUUCUCAGCAGGGUCAGUACGGCAACGAGUCACGCUAUGGCGGCCCUCAGCACGACCAAGGAUACGGACAACAAGGUGGCUACCAAUCCCACCAGCAAGACGGGUACCAGUCCCAUCAACAAGGCUAUGGUCAGCCUCAACAGCCAUUGACUGCUCGUGACGAGUACCCCUCCCAGACCCAUGGCGGCUACGGCGGUAACACCUUUUACCAAGGCUCCGAAUCUGCUCCUUACAACCCAAACCAACCUUCGUACGGUGGUCAGCCUGGAGCUGAAGGCGACCGUGGUCUGAUGGGUGCUUUGGCUGGUGGUGCUUCUGGCGGUGUCGCUGGUGCAUACGGAGGCCACAAGAUGAACCACGGCGCUCUCGGCACCAUUGCUGGCGUAGUGGGCGGAGCCUUUGCUGGCUCCAAGCUCGAGGACGCUGGCAAGGAACAUCAUAAGAAGAAGGAAGAGGAGAAAUACGCACAACAACACCAAGGUUACGGCGCUCCCGGUAACUACGGCAGACCUGGAAGAAGAAACAGCAACUCCAGCUCCAGCAGCUCCGACAGCGACGACGACAAGAAGCGCUAUAGGAAGAAACACUCCCGCUCGCGCUCUCGCUCAAACUCACGUAACCGCGGAUACCAGUCCUCUAGACGAGGCAACUUCAGCGAAUCAUCCCGCGACAUCUCCCUCGACUACAACACAAUGGCACUCAAGGCCUUCAGCAGGCGUACCGACGGGUCCGAGCACGAGUCCUAUUUGCACUUGAACGACAUCCUAGGCAACCGCGAUGGCAGGUUUGUUUGGGGUAGGAAUGGAAACUUCUUGGGCAGUGUCAAGGACGGCAAAGUGUGGCUCGCCGAGGGUGGAAGAGCUCUGUGUGCUGUGCUUGGUGAUGGCCGUGGUGGCUGGAACGAGCAUGCCUCCAUUGAAUUGGAUGAGAAGAUCUCCAACGAGAACGGUCAACUGGUGUACCUGGGCUAG